AUGCAGGUCCAGGCCAGAGAACAAUCCCAAAUUGGCCCCAAUAUAACAAAAAUCACCCUGGCCGAACUUAUUAUGGGCACUUUCGACGGGAGGAAGCUGAUUCAGAGGCCUUCCACUCUUAACGUGUUCCCUUCCGGAAUCCUUUUUACAACGUUUAGGUAGAAUCCCUUCUGAUUCCGUACGAUUGUCGAUUUCGUUUCAAUUCGGGUUGCCUGUCUUUAGCCAAUAUUUUAUUUCUACCAAUCAUUUUUCAGAAUGAGUCUGGAAGAGGCACUCUCUACCUUGGUGAAUGCUGCUUCAGAUCCGAUCCACACCCAGCCAAUAUCUACAACGCCCAGUCAGCCAGACAGAAAAUUUAAAUGCUCUCAAUGUCCCAAGUCUUUCAAGUACAGACACCAUCUUCAAGAACAUAAUCGGAUCCAUACCGGAGAGAAACCAUUUCAGGUGAGUGCGGUGACUUAAGUGUGCCAGGAUUAGGCCAGAUGACAAGUCAGGCUGAAUAGAAGGUGUUAAUUCCCUUAAUAGAUCUGGACUUGAAUCGAGGAGGGGGAGGGGAUUAGACCAAUCAAAAUGUUGUUUUCCAUUAGACGGGCAAACUCAAUCUGGCGUAAAAUCGAGAUUAAACUCGGGAAGACGCAAUCGUCGCUGUCCUGCGCAUGUAAUCUAAUAAGUAUGGGGGAUGCAGAGCGCAACUCCACGGCCUCCAGGUUGUGAAGUUUUGGUCUUUUUUCCGUGGAUGCGCCCCCCUCCCCUUCCUGUCCUGGGCAUAAACAAUCCGACGGUUUAGUGGCCCUGCAUUCAUAAACUUGUGGGCCUACUCCUCUUCUUUCUCCGUCGUUUUCUCGCACCACCUGCAACUUAAUUUCCGCUCAGCGACGACAAGCUGAAGUGAGGGGGGUCGUUCUCUAAGGGAGGAGCCGUGCCUAAAACAAGGUUCCCCUCUUCAGACCUGGCCAUACACUUUUUCGGGGCCGGUGCGCCUUUAAUCAGCGAGGCUCGCUCCUGAGGUACUCGACCGUCUUCUUUCGGCCGUUCCGCGGCCGCGGCUCUUUUCACAGGAAAUUGGUUCGACCCCUUGUUCCCUGUCCAUGUCCACCUUGUGGCCAACGAAUGCCCGAAUACGAUCCCAGGUCUUUCCAUUGGGGUUGUCUAGGGCAACGCGUUUUUUGGGUUACGGUAAAUCUGGUCAGUUGCAUAAGAAUCUUUGGGAGUUGUCUUGUUUCUACAGUAUUGCAGUAAUUCCGGCGGAUUAUUGGGGUAUAAUAAAGCACUACCUAGUGUGUUUGAAACCCCAUGUGGACACUAAUCAAGGCGGAUCUUUUCCAUAGCGUCCCCACAAGCAGAACAACCCCUUCUCUAUCUAAUUAACGCAUUAAAUCCUAUUUGUUGAAGAGCUUGACUAUGGCUUUGGGGGUUUCUGCGCACGUGCAUUCGAACAUGGAGGCAGGUCUCCUGUGUGAAUGCCCCAGGCGGGUCUUGAUGAGCCUGGAGUAAGGCGGAGAGGACCUUGGCCAUGAUUAAGGCCAUUAUCCCGCACUUUCUUCGCUCGUACCGGGACCGACCGGAGAUUCGUUCCUCUGUCCCUGGAGAGUCCAAUUACCGGUCCGAUCUUUACUCGGAGUAAUGAGGCACUCCCACUUGAUGACCUUUUCUAAUUUACCGUACUUGUCAUCGUUUCCAUCUUAAUUGUCUCAUUUUGUAAAUAUUACAGUACUUUUUGUUUCAGUGUCGUUUCUGUUUGAAACGCUUCUCGCAUUCCGGGUCCUACUCAUCCCACAUGAGCAGCAAGAAGUGCACCCUUCAACAUCAACAACAACAACAAGUGCAGAAAGGCCACAUACCGACAUCACCCAAUGUGAUGGCUUCAUUAUCCGACCAAAUGAAUUUCUAUCGCCUUCUCUGCUCGUAUCGAGGAUAUCCGAUGUUGCCAUUCGGUAUUCAACCGUCUGUCAAUCCUUAUGCGGCACUACUUCAGUCCGCUGCCUCGCUAGCUGCAAUGAAUGCUAAGGGUGAUGGGAAGGAAUCAGAAGAAACGAAGAAGGUGGACACCAUGAACAUGUUUCUCCAACAGAUUGUAGCCAACAAGGUAGCGUCAUUCUGCUAUCUUCGGACGAUUAAAUGAUUUUAAAAUACAAUAUCCUUUUUCAGACCGAAAAUUCGAAAACAAAUUCGGCGACAGAAAAACUGUUGGCCCUUUUCAAAUCGGUUGGAGAGAGUAAGAUCAAGAUCGAAGAAGAAACCAAUGGGGGAAGCGAAUCCUCAGCCUCAGAAAUCAGAUCGGCCUCAGAAGAGCCGAUGGAAUCCGUCAGCUCGGAUGAAGUUGAGACGUUCACUGUGAAAGUGGAAGAAGCGCCGUUAAAGGUGAGUAUCCCGAUAUUUAAAACGAGGUUAUCUGAUGUUUUUUAAAAUAAUUCCGGUCUUCUGUGAUCCUUUCGGCUGACUGGGAGGUCUGGCCGGAGAAAGGGCCAUACGGUCAUACAAAAGAUCCCCUUUUUCAAAGUUAAAAAAGAGUUUUUUCAGCGUUGGCCCGACAGUUCCAAGUCUUCUAAGGCCAACCGCCUCUCUGCCAUUUCCGAACGAUUGUCCAGAAAUGCGCUCAAAAGUGCAAACGGAAGCAAAGAGAAAGAAGAAGAUCAGGUAAUCCUAUUCAUACCCAAUUGCGUGCACCUGCUUUGAUUUACGCAUUCAAUAUAGCGCAGCGGACGCCAACACUUUUCGAAUGUCGCCGGAUGUAUUCUCGGCUGAUUCACCUGAAAAGAAUAAUUAUAAUCCAUAUCAUUAAUUACACUAUUUUAGAUGACUGAAAUCAACGCAGAUGCCCCACUUGACCUCAGUAUUCGAUCCCAAAGUCCUCUGAGUUCAGCGGAACAAAGCCCUGAGGGCUUGUGGAAUUUUGUUAAACGAGAAUGCGAAUCCAUAACUGAGAAACUACAAAAAGUAAAUGGGUUUUACAAUUCGGACAACAUCUCGACGGCCUCUCCGAAUGGUACAGAGGUCACGAACACCGAAUCUGUCUCAAGUGAGACGCCAAGUAUCAAAUCAGAAGGCUCUGGAAUCUGGCCAUCAGCUUCGUUAUUCUUGUCUCAAUAUUCAAUGUUGGGUUCUAAUGGACUUUCCGAUUGGCAGACGGUUCUUGAAGUAGGUUUAGAUGUAAAUUUUAUAAUUCUUUCUUCUAGAAUGAUAAUGGGAGAACGUCACGAUCUCCCUCGAGUACAUCGACUAAAGCCAAUGUGAAAAUGGACAGCGAAGGGAUUUACACUUGCGAUCAGUGUGACAAGACGUUCAGCAAACAAAGCUCAGCUAAACGACAUGCCUAUGAGCAUUCUGGCCAACGUCCUUACAAAUGUGACAUGUGCCCUAAGGCCUUCAAACACAAGCAUCACAAAGCGGAACAUCUUCGACUCCACACCGGAGAAAAGCCCUUCCAAGUAAGUCUUGGCCGUAUGGUGACCUGGCCAUAAAAAUAGAGACGCGCGCCCAUUAAUCUUCUCACAUGCCAGUCUCUAAUUAGUUAUGUGUCCAUGAGAUGCCCAGCGAGUCCAGUCGCAUUACCCCCAGGUUCCUUAAUUUAUGCAAGGCCCACCGCACGGUGCACAUCCAUAUCCUCGCCGCCAAACGCAUCGAAAUGGGAUUAGGCUAGGGAUUUGGACUUUAUGACCUUUGCUCGGUCUUCUACCGCCUUAUGUCAAGAUGGUAGCCAUAGUCGGACCGGGUCGUUUACCACGGAGAUUAAAAUAGGGCUAAAAUAAAUACAUUAUUAACAAAAACUCUUUCAGUGUGACAAAUGUCUGAAGAGAUUCAGCCACAGUGGCAGCUAUUCUCAACACAUGAACCACAGAUACUCCUACUGCAAGCCUUACAGACAGCCCUAA